AUGAUGACCCAUGAAAUAGUAAGGAGUAAUUUGAGUCAUAGGCUAACUCGGGGUCUUUUGGUCGUGCGGAGCACGCCUUAUUGGGUCAGCAAUGAGGCAUUAAUAAGUUGGUUGGAAACAAGUUGGAAGCUUCAAGAAGGCGAGGACGAAAUGGGAUGA